AUGCACCAGACCAGCACCACCGCGCCUUUGAUUGCACUGUUUGUCCAGCCUGUACAUGGUUCCAUGCACCAGCCAGGCCCAGCUGUCCUUGUUCGCAGCGCGUGCCCUCGUGUUUGGCCUCUUCCCCGAGCCAUGGUCUCCGAGGCGCAUACCUCUUCUGCCUCGUGUGCAUCCUGA